UCAAGUUCUGAGACUUUUCAUUGUCCUGUUGUAUUUCAAUUUCAAACGGAAUGCUUGUUUCUUGCUAAACAAAAAGCAUCAGCAACUGCAGACUGAGAUGGCAGAGUCUCAGAAGAAAGAUUCUUCUGUCAGUUUGAAGGAGAAAAAUUCCUUGCUAGAUCUGGACAUUGGAAAGGACUUCCUUAGUUCGUGGAAAUCAAUGUCAAUAGCACAGGGGGAUGAAAUGGAUUUUGACCUUACGCCAGUUACCAAGGGCAAUAAAAAAUCAUUUGACUUUGACAAAGCGGAUAUGGAUUUUAAUUUGGACGGUGAUUUUGGAAAGAUACCAUCUUUCAAUAUGGAUAUCACAGAUCUGGAUAUCUCCCCGCCACUUAAAAAAGAUGGAAAAUCCAAGGAGAAGCCUGAAGAAUCAUCCGCCGGAAAGUAUAAAGGAAAGAAUGAUCGUUUUGCUUUUGCAUUUGAUUUUGAUGAGUUGGAAACUUUCAGUUUUGAGUCAAGCUUAACAAAAGAAGAGCCAAAAGCUCAGAAAGACAAAAAUAACAGAGGCAGUUCCCCGAAUGGAAGUGGGUGUCAAGAUAAGGAAGGUUCUAUGCACAUGAAUCUACUUGAAAAUGUGAACAACUUAGAAGAUAGGCCCGUGAAGCCAUCUUCACCAGGGACCAAGAUUACUUUUGACAUGGAUAGUCUAGUUGGAGGAACAACAGAUCUUGAAUCGACAAGGGAAAUUUGCCUUCCAAAUUUGGCAAUGGAUGAUGCUGUUACUGCAGAACAGGCAUCUGCUUUUGAGGAAGCUACAUCUGAUAAAACAAAAAGCCUUCUAGAGACAACAAUUGCUUCCAAGGAGCUACCAAAAAUCAGUCCAUCUGAAAAAUUGAUUUCCCCAGAGCCAGUUGAUCUUCAAGCUUCUACUGGGAAUGAUGUCAUGCAGGAUUUGUCAUCUGCCUAUCUCUCCAAGAAUGAGCCAGGUGGAGGUAAUUCAUCAGACGUGAUUGAUUUCAUGGAUACAAAGGCAACUGGCUCAAGUGGAGAAAAAGAAAAAAAUACUGAUGAGCGAUCAAUUGCUGGUUCAACUAGUAAUUACAAACAUAGAAUGUCUGAUAACUCAGAACUCCUCCAGACUUUUGCAAUCUCAGAGAAGGAUGAUGGUGCAAAGAGUCUGGUUUUGGUUGAAGAUCAUGUGAGAGGCAAUAGAGAAAGAACAGAACCAGGUCAAGCUAAUUCACUUUUUGCAAAUUCUUGUACCACUAAUGCUGUACCAGGGAUAUCCUGUGACACACCAUCUGGAAGGGAGAAACGGGAACCUGCUUCAGAGAUCUGCAAGUUACCCUUGGUCAGUCAACCAGCUGAUCUCUCUGGGAAAGAUGCAGAGAAGAGAAGUGAACCCCUUGUUACCUGCUCAAGAUACUUUUCUCAGUCAGAGAAAACUGAAUAUACCGUGCUGAAGGCGUCGACCCAGACAACGUUUUCCUCAUUAAGUAGUAAAAAGAAGAUGGGUCUCAGUCUACCUAGUCUAGUUCAAGGAAGGGACUGGGAUAAUAAUCAGAGUGAUGGAAAACUAGUUUCCCUUCCACUGCAACAUUCUAAACCACCAUUGAGGAGGGAACUUUCCCAGGUACAAAGUCAGGAGAGCUGCGAGGGUCCAAAGACUUGUUGUGAUGUGCCUGGCGUUAUUGGGUUGCAGAUUGGGAAAAAAUUAAAUGAUUCUUCUACUUCGGAAAGCAAGGAUAUGAUAAAAACAAAAUCUGCUAUGAGGCAAAGAGAAACAAGUCCAGAAAAUCUAGAUACUCUGAGUUCAAGCAUGGAGGUCAACAAAAAAGCAGCACAAAGUAGUGGCAAUGCUGCUUCUUUGGUAUCUAUUCCAACUAUAAAGAAAACUGCGGAUGAACAGAAGCUUUCUUCAAUUGAUAAUAGUAAGAAGACCAUUAAUCAACAUGGACUGAAACUUUCAGGUUUAAACCUUGAUUCUACAAAGUUCCCAAUCCAGAGAGAUACCAAAUCAGUAGGAAAUAUUAGUCGCAACAGGGUUUUGGCCCAUUUUCCGAACUUGCGGAAUCAAUCAGCUGGUAUCCUAUCUAUGAAGCGAAAAACAAUGGGAGUAACGUCAUCUCUCUUUCCCAUAAUGUUCAGUUUUGCCAAUGAGCUUGAGAUCUUUAGCAACGGCAUAAUAAAUCAAUAA